AUGCAGGAUAAUCGACCAGAGCUGUACGAGGAGGUGAAGCUCUACCGGCAGGCGAGGGAGAGAGAGAAGUACGACAACAUGGCCGAUCUGUUCGCUCUGGUCUCUACGCUGCAAAAUCUGGAAAAAGCAUACAUCCGGGAUUGCAUUACGCCGCAGGAGUAUACGGCCGCCUGCUCGAAGCUGCUGGUACAGUACAAGGUGGCGUUCAAGAUUGUGCAGGGCGACGAGUUUCCGACGAUCGACUCGUUCGUGAAGAAGUUCCGGCUAGACUGUCCGGCUGCGCUGGAGCGCAUCAGGGAGGACCGUCCCAUUACCAUCCGGGACGACAAGGGCAACACGAGCAAGUGCAUUGCCGACAUUGUGUCCAUGUUCAUCACGCUCAUGGACAAGCUGCGGCUCGAGAUACGGGCGAUGGAUGAUUUGCAGCCCGAGCUGCGCGAUUUGCUGGACACGAUGAACCGGCUCUCGCUGAUUCCGGACAACUUCGAGGGCAAGGAGAAGGUCUCGAACUGGCUGGCCACGCUGAACACGAUGCAGGCGUCCGACGAUCUAACGGAGGCGCAGGUUCGCCAGCUGCUGUUCGAUCUGGAAUCGUCCUACUCGGCAUUUAACAAUCUGCUUCAUACCACAUAAUGCGUCGGAAUGGGUUGGACCGGCAUUUCCUUGUGACUGUAAAUAGGAACAUAAGUCAUAGGAUUGUAAGGAACACACGCGAACAAAUGGACAGGUCUUCGAGCGUAUUAGAACAAGGUUAACAGGAUCUAGCACAGGACGGGAUGUGGCUGGAAAGCCAAUAAAAGGAGGGAUUGAGUUGAGGCAGGGUGUAGCAGUGCGCAUAUUUUUACCCAAAACUUAUAAGAAAUAUAUAUACUGUUUAAUUGAAA